AUGUCCACUUCCCAACUUGUCUGGCUUAUCACUGGAACUUCGACCGGGCUCGGAAGAGACCUGGCUCUUGCUGCACUCGAGCGAGGCGAGAAAGUCAUCGCCACUGCUCGUGCACGAUCUCUGCACCUUCUAGCAGAUCUCAAGGAGAAAGGUGCAGAGACGCUCGAGCUCGAUGUCACUGCAUCUCUCGAUGAUCUGAAGAAGAUCGCAGAGAAAGCGGUGGGGAUAUACGGCCGAGUCGACGUAUUAGUGAAUAAUGCUGGGUACCUUCUCGUUGGAGCGCUGGAGGAGAGCACACCCGAGGAAACGUUCGAUCAAUUUAAUACAAACGUGUUUGGCGCGCUUAAUGUGACGCGGGCAUUCCUCCCCUACAUGCGCACCCGACGAACUGGUACCUUUGUCUGGACAGGAUCUGUCGCUGGUUGGGUAUCCUCAGCCAGCGCUGGAUUGUACAGCACCACCAAAUGGGCACUGCGUGGAAUAUCCGAGACGCUUCAUGUUGAAGUUGCUCCAUUGGGUCUUCGAAGCAUUUGUAUCGACUUUGGGUAUUUCCGUACUGCAUUUCUAGAGCCGAACCAUCGGAAACCGUACAUUUCCAAGAUCGAUGACUAUAAAGAGAUCACAGAGAAGGUCAAUAGCAGCUUGCAGGUGGUAAAUGGUAAACAGGCUGGAGAUCCGAAGAAGGGUGUACAGAUAAUGUUAGAUGUUGUACGUGGGGAGGGUGUCGCACGGGGGAAGGAGUUCCCCAAGUCAUUAUUGAUGGGCUCGGAUUGUUUCCAGAUGGUGCAGGAUCAGACGCAGGAAUAUCUGAAGCUCCAGGCGGAGUGGGAGAGUGUUUCGAGGAGCACAGAUUUUUAG